AUGAUUGAGAAUAGGCCAACAUCUAUUAUUCAUAGACCCAAAAACACCAGCAACUACAGUACACACGAGGAACGUGUUAUCAAAUUAGAGGCUGAGUUAGAAGAACUAGAAAUUCCACCACCGGAGCGAAACGGCCAAAGUUUACUUUACAAAAAAAUUAUAAGGAAAAAGAUGCCUAUUUACAGUUUGAAAAUUAGCUGGAACGAUGGCGUUACGGAGGAAUGUAUUGUUGCCCCGCCGAUUCCUGACAGGCCCUUACCUGGAAUGUUAAAUCACAGGUACAACAGGUCCGCAAUGAACACCUUAAACAAUAUGAAUUACCACACAACGAACGGCGACGGCGAGUACCCCGGCGAGAUGUUGAGCAGAUCGUCCGACUCCGAGCACAACUCCCUGAUGCAGCAGGCUGCUUCGAAUUACAAAUUGGAAGAAGACACAUAGCCUGGCCAAGA